UGAGGCACAGAUUGCUCCAGAGUGCAGAGUGGGCGCCAGUGCUGCCGGUGGUUCCUUCCUUGGAGGCACUUCCCUGGUUUCUGCAGGAAUGGCCUCAGGGCUCAGUGCUCCCCUUCGCUUCACAGUGACACUGGUGGUGCUGCUGUCCCUGCUGGGUUUGGCUGUGGGUGGGAAGCUCCUGGUGGUGCCAGUGGACGGGAGCCACUGGCUCAGCAUGAGGGAGGUGCUGGACGGUCUCCGGCAGAAGGGACACGAGGUGGUCGUGGUCGCCCCUGAAGUCAGUUUGUACAUCAAGCCAUCCAAGAACUUUGUGAUGAAGAUGUACCCAGUGCCUUUCACGCAGGAAGAGAUGGAUGAAGAUUUCCAAGGAUUUACAAAGGACUUGUUUGAAGGGGGCUCUUUCCUGGCGAGAGUCGUUAGGCUUUAUCAGCGGUCAAAGAAAACCUCUGCUCUGUUCCUGGCCACCUGCACACACCUGCUCCACAACAGGGAGCUCAUCAAGUACCUUGAGGACAGCAAGUUUGAUGCCCUCCUUACAGACCCCAUUCUCCCCUGCGGGCAGAUCCUGGCAGAGCAUCUCUCGGUCCCCUCCGUGUAUUUCUUGCAGCAAAUCCCCUGUGGUUUGGAAUAUCAAGCCACCCAGUGCCCCAACCCCCCUUCCUACGUCCCCAGGGUCUUUACAGACCACACAGACCACAUGACCUUUCUCCAGCGGGUCAAGAAUGUGCUCUAUGACAUCCCCAAUUUUUUUCUCUGCGACGCUGUCUUCCAACCGUAUGCCAGACUGGCCUCAGAAUUCCUGCACCGGGAUGUGACCGUGCCGGAUCUCCUCCGCCAGGCUUCCAUCUGGCUCAUGAAGAUAGACUUUGUCUUGCACUACCCAAAGCCCUUGAUGCCCAACAUGAUUUUGGUUAGUGGAGUAAACUGUGCUUCCAAGCAGCUCAGCCAGGAAUUUGAAGCCAUUGUGAAUGCCUCUGGAGAACACGGCAUCGUUGUCUUCUCGCUGGGCUCCAUGGUCUCCGAGAUCCCCAUGAAGAAAGCCAUGGAAAUCGCAGAUGCCUUGGGAACAGUCCCUCAGACGGUCUUGUGGCGAUACACGGGCCCGACGCCCUCCAACCUGCCCAAGAACGUGAAGCUCGUCAAGUGGCUGCCACAGAACGAUCUCCUGGCCCACCCCAAGACUCGAGCCUUCAUCACCCACGGGGGCUCCCACGGGGUCUAUGAGGGCAUUUGCAACGCGGUGCCCAUGGUGCUGAUGCCCCUGUUUGGAGACCAGAUGGACAAUGCCAAGAGAGUGGAGUCCAGGGGAGCAGGACUGACCCUGAACAUCCUGGAAAUGACCUCCCAGGACAUCUCCACUGCCCUGAAAGCCGUCAUUAAUGACAAAAAGUACAAGGAGAACAUCCAGCGCCUCUCAGACCUUCACCUGGACAGGCCCAUCCACCCCCUGGACCUGGCUGUGCACUGGGUGGAGUUUGUGAUGAGGCACAAAGGGGCCCCACACCUCAGGCCUGCUGCCCACGACCUCAACUGGGUGCAGUACCACUCCCUGGAUGUCCUGGCCUUCCUCCUGGUCGUGCUGCUCCUCUCCCUCUUCAUCUCCUUCAAGUGCUGCCUGUGCUGCUGCCGCAGGUGCUGUGGCAAGAAGGGAAGGACAAAGAAAGCAGCCAAAUCCAAGACCCACUAGCAGGUGACUCCGAGUCCCACCAGCGGGUGACACCCGUGGUGGGAGAUAAAUCCUCUGCUCUGGACCCCAAGGAUCAGAGAACAGCUCAGAUUUCACUGCAAUAAACACUGAUUUUCAGUCCAGCAAUAAUAGGGAUCCUUUAAAAUAGCACCACAAGAGGGGUUGUUGCACUGAGAUAAUUUUUUGCCUUUAAUUAAGAAUCUGUUGUUUCAAAAUACCUUGUGGGGAAAUUGCUUUUCAUGCUCAGACACUUCAGGGCCGAGUGGGAAAUCCAAGGCUCCUGGUUUCCACCUCUUGGUGUACAGAGGCCUCAGAGGGACUUUUUGUUUUCACCUCUCCAUGCAACAGGGAUAUACAGGGAUUUUGGAAGUCUUCCAGGGUUUUAGGAGAAAUAUCUAGUGUCAGGUUUAUCAAACACUCUGAGAUCUUUUGUGUUGUAGAAGAGGCAAAUGUUAUGCACUGAUAAUGGAAACUAAGCUUCCAAUGGGG